CUCUCUCACCUGCAAUGCGGGAACACGCAUACAUCAUUUUCAUGUUAACCUGUGGGCUGUAGUUAAAUGUCUGGGAAACUCGAGAGGGUCUGGAUAUUCAGGUUCCGGGGUGCAAUACUCUCUAGUGUUGGUUGAUAUAGUGGGGAGUCAGACGCAGUUUCACAGUAGCUGAGCGUGGUGCUGUUGAAUAUGAGCAGAAGGGAUGGAGGAUACUGGGCACCACUAAAAUAAUGCCGUUGUAAAAGGAGCUAACAGGAUAUAUUUGGGGAUUUAUAAGACAACAUUUCAGGCAUUCUUUGGAGUUUCAGGAUCGUUUUGGCACAUGGCAUUUAUUUAAGCGCACGCAGCGAUGAACACGGUCGUCUUCAGUAAGUUUGAUCACCUGCGCUUUGAGGAUGGCGGAAAAAGUGUCGAGAGGACAAGCAGAAACUAUUUAGAGGUGAUCGAUGGACAACAUACAGAUUUACUGUCAAGCCACAAAGUGAUGGAUGACACCGAAGCUGUUAAACACAGGAGAAAUGGCAGCGGUGGAAAGAUACGGCACAAACGGCAGGCCCUGCAGGAUAUGGCUCGACCCUUGAAGCAGUGGCUUUAUAAACACAGGGAUAACCCUUACCCCACCAAAACUGAGAAGAUUCUGCUGGCUUUAGGCUCGCACAUGACCCUGGUUCAGGUCUCAAACUGGUUUGCGAAUGCAAGACGUAGGCUCAAGAACACAGUUCGACAGCCUGACUUAAGCUGGGCUCUACGCAUUAAACUUUACAACAAAUAUGUACAAGGCAACGCAGAGAGACUCAGCAUUAGCAGUGAUGACACGACAUCAGACGAUGGGGAGAGCCCUUUGCUAAUGCAAGCCGGUGAAUCAGACUUUACUCGACCGUCACACAAGGGUGUUAUUCAGGACAGCCGUGGCAAAGGGGUGGGACAAAGUGCAGACCCCUCGGUUUGUGAUGACCACGUCUCUCCACCGAAAUACAAGAACAGUUUGUUGAACCGCUAUCUAAACGAUUCCCUUCGCCAUGUAAUGGCUUCCGAAAACGUUCGGAAGAGGAAUCAUUCCGGAUCAUUUAGCUCCAACGAGUAUGAAGAUGAUUUACUCUCACCUUCAUCAUCAGAUGCUGAAGCUAACUUCACCUAUCGUACAGUGACGUUGGACUGUGGCACACACCGGAGUGAGAGUUGUACCUGUAAAGGUUGUGAACAUGGAAACACUAAGACCUGCUGGAAAGAGCUUCAUGCUGCGAUGGCUCUGACAAACCUGGCCCAAGGAAAGCAGAAUGCCGUACCAGGAACUACCAGCUGUAUCAUCCAGAAGUCUUCCCAUAUAGCAGAGAUUAAGACUGUCAAAGUGCCCAUAGAACCCAGACAUCAGUGACUAACAGACUGAAUGUUAGUCCUAUAAACUGCACCAGGCCGUACUUGCUAAACGACUACCUGAACACUUGAGUAUGUAGAGUACAUGCAAUAAUUUAGUUAGUAUCUACAACUGACUUUCCUGAGAGGAAAAUGUAUGUUGAUUGACCGGUGUGCCUAUUUUUCUACAACUGUCAAAUGGGAAUGACAGAUUUGCUAAGAUGGAUUUGUUGCAACGGUGACCACUGAACACAGAAGCACAAAACUCUUGUUCUGCAUCAACAUCGUUUCUGAAAUGUUUUGUCAGUGGCUAAAAUGUAAUAUAUUCACAUAUUCGAUUUUUCUAAGUUAUGUUGGUUGUAAUGUUAAAGGUGCAGUGUGUAAAUUUUAGCAGCAUCUAGUGGUAAGGUUGCGAAUUGCAACCAAUGGCUCAGUCCACUGCUCACCCAUCGCUUUUGAAACGCAUAGAGAAGCUACGAUAGCCACUACCAGAAAAAUGUCAUCAAUCGAAGACAACUUAGCAGAAAAAUUUGUCCAUUAAGGGCUUCUGUAGAAACAUGGCGGAACAAAAUGGCGACUUCCACGUAAGGGGACCCUCGUGUAUGUAGAUAAAAACGUCUCAUUCUAAUGUAAUAAAAACAUAACGGUUCAUUAUAAAAAGGUCUUUAUACACCCCUAAAAAUAUAGUUUUGUAUAUUAUUUUGCAUUUCUGUCAAGAAAUUAUUUUAAAAAUUGCACACUGCACCUUUAACUGACACAGGAUUGUUGGCAUCCUAUGACAAUGCUAUAUACAUGUGGAUUCUUGUGUUUACAUAGGUAUUGCAUAUAAAGGCAGGGUUUUUUUUCAAAAGUUUUGAAUAUUUUACCCAAUGAAGGAAUUAGCUUUUGGUAUGGUUGGUCAUGUUUUGGUUAAAAAAACACUUGCAAUAGGUUAAUUUGGUGACAUUUAGUAUAUGAAACAUUGACUGAAAUUGGUGUUUUUUUGUUGUAACACUUAGUUACACUUUGACUUGGCUCUAUUUUAAAAUAAUGAAAGAUUUAAAAUAGUGCUGGGCUAAGAUUAAUCGCAUACAAAAUAAAAGUGUGUACUAUGUGUAAUUAUUAUGUAUAUUUAACCACACACACAUACAUAUAUUCAUUUCAGAAAUGUUUAUAUAUAUAUAUAUAUGAAGAGUUUCGUUGCAAAACGAGAUAAUUCCGUUUUUUUAAUUGUUUAGAAAUCUAGUUUUUUUGGUUGUGCAUUCAAAUUAACAUCAAUUCAACUGCAGUUGGUUAGUUUUGAUUUAAACCUUCAUAAAUGUUAA